AUGUGGCCAAGACCGUUGAGAUCCAAUCCAGGUCAAAGGGAUCCAAACGUGAUGUGUGAAUAUCAUGAGACUCAUGGUCAUAGGACCAAGGAUUGUCGCCAACUAAGGGAAGAGGUGGCUCGGUUGCUGAAAAAUGGCCAUCUUCGAGAAUUUCUGAGUGAACGAGCCAAAAACCACUAUAAAGAAAGGGAAAAUCACAAAAGGGCCGAGCCCGUGGAACCACAACAUGUGAUCAAUAUGAUAAUCGGAGGAACGAAUGCACAACGAGGACCUGUGAUGAAAAGAACAAAGGUCUCGAUUGUACGAGAAAAACGGACCCGGGAUUACACGCCUGAGGGUUCCAUCUCCUUUAAUAACGAGGAUGCAGAAGGCAUCAUUCAGUCGCAAAAUGAUGCAUUGGUAAUUUCUAUUCUUGUUUUUAAAUCUCAGGUUAAACGUAUUUUGAUUGAACCAGGUAGUUCCGCCAACAUUAUCCGAUGGAGAGUGGUAGAGCAACUGAAAUUAUUGGACCAGAUCGUUCCGGUAGCUCGGGUGCUUAGUGGAUUCAAUAUGGCGAGCGAAACUACGAAGGGAGAAAUCUCUUUGCCGGUCAACAUUGACGGGACUAUACAGCAGACAGUAUUCUACGUCAUCGAGGGGGAUAUGAAAUACAAUGCUCUACUUAGUAGACCGUGGAUUCAUAGCAUGAGGGCAGUACCAUCGACAUUACACCAGUUGUUGAAGUUUCCCACCCCGAAAGGGAUAAAACUGUUCGUUGCGAGCAACCCGCAGCAAGGGAAAUAUUCGCGGUUGAAGAAGCUCAUUUCGUUGCAAAGAAGCCGGUUCAAAGGGAUAGCGAGCCAGUCAAAGAUAAGAACGCCAAAUAGCAAUUGA